UUGUCUCACUUCCAUGGCUGCUUCUGAAGCUUUGUAAAUCCUUGUCAGCCUCUUUAUUUAUUUAUUUUUAAAAGCCAAGCCAAACCAUAGAAACUAACACAUAGAUGUUCAUGCCACAGCAGAAAAAGAUUAAUGAAUUAAUUAGCUUCUAAUUCCAAACUCUCUAAUACAUUAUCCAAAAACGGCUUCAAUAACAAUAAUAUAUACCUAAUGGAUACAAUAGAUCAGCAAAUAUGUAAAAGAUGGUUAAAAUGAAGCAUGUAAGUACCAAACAAUGACACCAGAGGAUAUCGAGAGCUUUAUGAGAGGCUAUUGAUCAGCAGAGUAAUGGCAGAUUUAGUAAGACAAGUACAUUACCAAAAAUCAAAGAGAAUAAGAAAGAAAAUAUCAAAACAAUACUUUUCACUUUAACAUACUUGAGACUGAAAAUGUUUUUUUUUUCUCCCUUUAAAGUGGCUUUUAGUUGGUAUCACUUACUACUUUUACAUCACUUUCAUGCAUACUUACCAAGAGAAAUGAGUAGAAUUAGAGAUAAUUAUCAUGUACCUUUUUUUAAAAAUAAUGUUGAAUUUAAUUACAGAGAGUUUCCUUACAUAAAAAAUGCAGAACUACCUCCUCUUGAAGAAGACAAAAAAAUUGGAUCCAAACAUGAGCUGGAGUAUGUUUUAGUUGAUCUUUUCAAGACUAGAGAUGACAAAGACAUAGCUUUUUCCUACUUAUCAAAGAAAGCUAAACUAACCUUCAAUGGAAGCAGACUGGUAGCUAUGUACAUAUAGAUAUAGGAAAGAAACAAACCAAAACACAAUGAUUCUUAACUUUACUAGCAAAUUUUCAAUGUUGUCAUGCCAGUAGCUUGAUUACGACCUUGAAGUCACAAAUUUACACUAUGAAAACAGUUUCUCGGAAACGCAUAAACCUAAUUGCAUCUAUCCUUCUAGAUGAAAUUUUUUUUGCCACAAUUACGAUAUGCAAGGACCAAAGACUAAUCUAUAUACUCUUACGAUAUGCAAGGACCAAAGACUGAUCUAUCUACUUUCAUGUCAGCACUAGUUGUAGGUCGAUCGAAUCUAUUUGCUUUGAUAUUUUGGUACAUACAACUUCAUGCUAGAAAAUGAUUGAUUGUAACCAGGGGCGGAUGUACAUGUUGGAUAAUUGCCCCACUUUACUUUUUGAAAAAAUUCCUUAAGAUACUAUUAUUUUGUGGAAUUUUGCCCUCCCUUACGUCUCUCUUAAAAACCAACUAGUCACUUGUUUGAAACACAAUUUGGAAAAUUAAGGUUAAUGAUAUAUUCUCAUAAAAUGCACAGAAGUUGAAAAACUCACAUUUGGUGAACAAGCCAUUGAUUCUGUGAACAAGUCAAGCUAGGGGAAAAAUGGAUAUUGGAUCCCAAGAGAGACUGCUUGGAGGAGAAGCAGAAGAUAGCAGCAACAUGAGAGAGAGGAUUUGUACAGAAUCAAAGAAGAUAUGGAGAAUUGCAGUCCCUGCAAUAUUAUCAAGAGUGGCUCUACUUGGAACUUGGAUGGUCACACAAGCAUUUAUUGGACAUAUUGGUGAGGUUCAGUUUGCAGCCUAUGCAAUGGUACAAGCAGUUCUACAACGAUUCGCUAUUGGCAUAACGCUAGGCAUGUCAAGUGCGACCGAAACGCUAUGUGGACAAGCAUUUGGUGCAAAGCAAUACCAUAUGAUGGGUAUCUACCUGCAAAGAUCAUGGAUUAUUAAUAUUGUUAUUACAACAAUCUUAUUACCUCUCUUCUUCUUUGCGACACCGAUUCUUCGAUUACUCGGUGAGGAUGAAGACAUUGCAAGUCAAGCAAACACGCUUGCUUUGUGGUGCAUUCCUCAGCUCUACUCUCUCAUUUUCAGUACAACUAUCCAAAUGUACUUACAAGCACAGCUCAAGAACUUCAUUCUCAUUUUUAUAACCCUUACAGCAUUUUUGCUUCAAAUAUUACUGUCAUGGCUUUUUGUUGAUGUGUUUGACUACGGGGUUUCGGGUGCAAUGGGUGCAUUGAGCUUGUCCAAUUUGGUAUUGGUGUUGGGGGAAUUUGUGUAUGUAUUAGGUUGGUGUCCUGAGACAUGGAGGGGAUUCACUAAAGCUGCAUUUUAUGAUAUUUUUCCUGUCUUAAAGUUAUCGGUAUCUUCUGGUCUGAUGAUUUGCUUGGAAUUAUGGUACAGCUCUGUCCUUGUCUUGUUGGCAGGAUACAUGAAAAAUGCAACGAUAGCAAUAUCAACUUUCUCUAUCUGCCUUAAUGUCAUCACGUGUGAAAUGAUGAUCGGCCUCGGCUUCCUAGUCACAGCAAGUGUACGUGUUUCGAAUGAACUUGGGGCAGGAAAUACUAAAGCUGCAAAAUUUGCAGUUAAGGUCAUCUUAAGUACAUCAAUAUGCGUCGGACUACUCUUUUCGGUACUAUGUUUUAUCUUCAGUUCUCAGAUCUCAUACAUAUUCUCAACGAGUGAAGCAAUCGCGAAAUCAGUGUCAAGCCUAAGAACCCUACUUGCUAUCUCUGUCUUUCUUAACGGAGUUCAACCUGUCCUUUCAGGAGUAGCAGUUGGUGCUGGAUGGCAAAGUGUGGUUGCAUUUAUCAAUAUCGGUAGCUAUUAUGUGAUUGGAAUUCCAGUCGGAGCUUUGCUUGGUUAUGUGGCUCAUAUGCAGGUUAUGGGAAUUUGGGUUGGAAUGAUAUUUGGAGUGGCAACACAAACAUUUGUGCUUCUCUACAUGACAUGGAAAACAGAUUGGGAAGAACAGGUGACCAACACAUCAGAGCGUCUUAACCGGUGGCUACUAAAACCCUCAGAAGAAGCUAUUAACAGUCAGAGUCAUACUUCUGAAGCUUGAACAAAGUCAAGAAGAAAUUCAAAGAAUUGAUUCUGUAGAAUUAGAGUAGCUUGAAUCGGAUCUUCAAGAAUAAGAUGAUAUAGAAGUUGGGGCAUUUGGUUUCCUACGCACAAAGGAUACUAUGAAUUAUCACACUAGUUGUAUUCCCAAAACCAUCCAUAUGAGACUGACAAGCUGCUUGACUGCCACUUUUGGCAUGAAAAGACAUCAAGUUAAGCAAUACACCAAUAUUUGCAUAAUUUGGGUUCUCUAUGUAGCAUAUAUGGCAGCUAAAUUCAGUUGAAUAAGUUUAAGCAUUCAAACCUCUACAUAGUCAAUGUAGAAAAUAAGGUUUACGGUUA